AUGUGGGGUCAAGGAGAAGUGCCGCAGGAGAUCAACGACGCCGCAAUCGUCGAUCUCUACAAGCGGAAAGGCAAUCGCCAGCUCUGCGACAACCAUCGAGGCAUCUCCUUGCUGAACAUCGUCGGGAAAAUCAUGACCCGCAUUCUCCUUUACCGCCUGAAUCACCAUCUGGGACCAGGUAUCCUGCUGGAAAGCCAGUGCGGCUUCCGUCGUCAUCGUGGGACCACCACCCGUCAACUGCAGGAGAAGUGUCAGAAGAUGCGGACCCACCUCUACCCAAUCUUCGUGUAUCUGACGAAAGCCUUUGACACGAUGAAUCGAGAAGGGAUGUGGAGAAUCAUGAAGAAAUUCGGCUGUUCCGAGAAAUUCAUUCAAAUGGUGCGUCAGCUCCACGAUGGCAUGAUGGCGCGAGACACAGAAAAUGGAGCUGUCGCAGGGAGCAGAGAAGUGAAGCAGAGCUGCGUCCUCGGGCCUACCCUCUUCAGUCUCAUGUUCUCUGCUAUGCUGAUGGACGCCCACCCUGACGGAAGGCCCGGGAUCCAUGUCACCUACAGGACGGACGGCCACCUCCUCAACCCCCGGUGGAUGCACUUCCAGUCGCGCGUACCCACAACCGCCAUCCAUGAACUUCUGUUCGCUGAUGACUGCGCCCUCAACGCCAACUCGAAAGUGGACAUGCAAAGGAGCAUGGAUCUCUUCGCCGUCGUUAAUCUGUUUAUUAUAGGCAAAAACAUUUUGGAUAGAUUAAUCAGAUGUUCUAAUUAA